AUGUCCCAGUUUAAGGAUCCCAAAUCUGAAGAUGAAGUCGUAAAUGUUACAUACGUGUUACGCGAUGGCACGAAGAAGCAUGUCAGAGGAAAAGUUGGCGACAAUGUGAUGUAUCUUGCUCAUCGAUAUGACAUUGAAAUGGAAGGCGCUUGUGAGGCUUCUCUGGCCUGCUCCACAUGCCACUGUUACGUUGGCGAUCCCUAUUUCGAUCGACUAACUGAGCCAAAAGAAGAGGAAGAAGAUAUGUUAGAUCAGGCUCCAGCUCUACGCCCUAACUCUCGCCUUGGAUGUCAGAUAAUUUUACGGAAGGACCUCGAUGGAAUCGUCUUAACACUGCCACCGAUUACCCGAAACUUCUAUGUGGAUGGGCAUGUCCCACAACCACACUAG